AUUCAGGAGCUCACCAUGUCCUCCCCCUCCCCUGAAUCAGAUCUAGACUUCGUGUAUGAUGAGGAGGCUGAAGCCUGCAAUGAGGGGGACAUUGUGGCCUUCGGGGCUCUCUUCCUGCCUAUAUUCUACUCCUUUGUCUUUGCCUUUGGCCUGGUGGGAAAUUUGCUGGUGGUGUUUGCCCUUACCAACAGCCGGAAGCCCAAGAGCAUCACCGACAUCUAUCUCCUGAACCUGGCCUUGUCCGACCUGCUCUUUGUAACCACCUUGCCUUUCUGGAUUCACUAUGUGGUCAGUAACCAAGGCUUCAGCAAUGCUGUGUGCAAACUUAUUACUGCCUUCUUCUUCAUCGGAUUGUUUGGGGGCAUCUUCUUCAUCACCAUCAUCAGCAUCGAUAGGUACCUGGCCAUUGUCCUGGCCGCCAACUCCAUGAGAAACCGGACCGUGCAGCACGGUGUCACCAUCAGCCUGGGCGUCUGGGCAGCAGCCAUUCUGGUGGCGGCGCCCCAGUUCAUGUUUACAAAGCAGAAAGGAAGCGAAUGCCUUGGCAGCUACCCCCAAGUCCUCCAGGACAUCUGGCCAGUGCUCCGCAAUGUGGAAGCCAAUGUUCUCGGCUUCCUGCUCCCCCUGCUCAUUAUGAGUUACUGUUACUUCAGGAUCAUCUGGACGCUGUUUUCCUGCAAGAACCGCAAGAAAGCUAGAGCCAUUAAACUGAUCUUUCUGGUGGUUGUCAUGUUUUUCCUCUUCUGGACGCCCUACAACGUCAUGAUUUUCCUGGAGACGCUCAAACUCUUCCGCUUCUUUUCCAGCUGUGACGUGAAGAAAGACCUGAGGUUGGCCCUCAGCGUGACCGAGACGGUUGCAUUUGGCCACUGUUGCCUCAAUCCCCUGAUCUAUGUGUUUGCUGGAGAAAAGUUCAGAAGAUACCUGUACCACCUGUACAGGAAGUGCCUGGCCAUCCUGUGUGGUGGUUCUGUCCACAUCCAUUUCUCCCCGUCGGAAUCACAAUCGAGCCGGCGGGAAAGUGUUCUGAGCAGCAAUUCCCCUCACUACAUGAGUGAUGGAGACACCUCCAUCCUUCUGUGAAGGGAAUCCCAAAGCCAAGUCCUACGGAGAGCCUGAAGUUCCUGGGUCUGACACAGGAUAACAAGGGCGGGUUUUGUUUGUUUUACGUGCAAGGAAUGAUGAACUCAAUGCCCCAAAAAACAACCCUAGAAUGUUUUUGGAGCCCUGGUGGCGCAGUGGUUAAGAGCUCAGCUGCUAACCAAAAGGUCAGCAGUUAGAAUCCACCAGCCACUCCUUGGAAACCCUAUGGGGCAGUUCUACUCUGCCCUAUAGGGUCGCUAUAGGGUCGCUAUGAAUCAGAAUCGACUCAACAGCAAUGGGUUUGGUUUUUUGGUUUUUAGACUGUUUCUGAGAAUUGUGCUCAAAAUUUGGAUGAUAAAGGGUAGACUUGUCUCUUACUACAAAUGUCAGGGAUUUUUUGUUCCCGAAUGGCAAGAAUUCAACCCAGAACAGCUUAGCUAGAAAGGGGGUGGUGAGUAUUGUUGACAUUGUGGAAUGGGCAAGCAGGUGGCUGAGGCCUCAGAGUGGCUGGAAAUCAGGGGUCAAGUCCAGCUAGAAUUUCCUCUCUCUGACUCUCAAAUCUCUGUAAGUUAGAUCUUCCAGACUUACAUAUCACAGCUUUGUCAUCAAAGAGGGACUGAAAAUUUCAAGUUCUCAUGAACUCCAGACUUCCUGGAGCCAUGGAGAUUGGAUGAACCCCUGAAGCUGUUGCCCUGAGAUAGUGUUUCAACCUUAAACCAAAACUAUCCCC